UUACGUAACUCUAGGUCAGUGUCGUAUCGCGGAUAAGAUUGGUCGCACGUCUGACGACCACUGAAUUUCCUCUCAUUGUAUUUACAACCAGUAACAACGUCGCAACUAAUGGACGUAAUAGUAGUAGGAUGUGGUGCGUCAGGGUUGGCGGCACUGCGGAGACUUCACGACGCUGGUCUCAAGGUCCUUGGUUUAGAGGCUGAUGACAGGAUCGGCGGUAGAAUACGUACCGUGCAAUUCGGGGAGUGUGCGUUGGAUUUAGGGGCGGCCUGGUGUCAUGGGGAGAAAGACAACGUUGUUUUCGAGUUGGUUAAUCCGUUAGGUCUCUUGGGAAGACCUAAACCGGAUCACAAAUUGUACGUACUGUCCAACGGGGAACUGAUAGAUGAAGGCAAAAGCGAAACGUUGAUAGGUGCUUUAAACCAAGAAGUCGGUAAAGCUGAUAAGAAUAGCAAGAAAUCCAUAGCUGAAUGUGUGCGUACUGCGCUUAAAACCAACGCAACGUUAAAGAAAGAACCUCAGCUAGCUAAAUCCUUCGUUGAUUGGUUUGAGAAGAACAACCAUUUAGGAGGUCAGGCUGACCCGCGACAAGGGAAGUCUCUCAAAGGCCUUGAGGAGUGCUGGGGCUGCGAGGGAGAGUUCAUGUUAAACUGGAAAGGAAAAGGCUUCAAGACACUUCUGGAUGUUUUAUUAAACAAAUACCCAGAUCCGUCAAAAGCAAUUCCGGUUGAAAUACUGCUGAAGAAAGAGGUUGAGAGUAUUAAAUGGCGGAGUACUCAGCAAGGACUCGAACCCGAGAACCCUCUGGUGCACGUCAAAUGUAAAGACGGCAGUCUCUACGCUGCCAAGAGUGUCAUUGUCACUCUAUCUAUCGGAGUACUAAAAGAAAGGCACAAUCAACUCUUCAAUCCGCCAUUACCCACCGAAAAGGUCACAGCAAUCAACACACUCCAACUUUGUGUUUUAGACAAAAUAUACAUAGAGUUUACUAGACCAUGGUGGCCUAAGACACCAGCUAGCUUGUCCCUUCUCUGGCGAGAUGAAGAUAAGGGAAACUUCGCUAACGAAGAAUGGGUGACGGAAAUCUGUGCAUUAAACACUGUUGAGUACCAGCCUAAUUUACUCCUAGCCUGGAUAUACGGCCGUGGCGCUGAGGUGAUGGAGAAAUGUAGUGAAGAUCAAGUCAAGGCAGGAGUCAAUAAAUUGUUGGAAAUAUUUAAGAAACAGUUCGAUGUGACACCAAUUAAAGCGAUUAAAAGAUCGCAAUGGGCAUCAAAUCCGUUAGCCCGUGGUUCCUAUUCCUACCGCAGUGUCGCCACUGAGGAGGAGGGCGGGAGUGCGGCCACUCUCAGCGAGCCAUUGUAUCAUGGCGGGAAAUUCCCCGUAGUAUGCUUCGCGGGAGAGGCCACUUCCCACCAUAGACACUCGGCUGUACACGGCGCUGUUGAAGCCGGGUUUAGAGAAGCUGACAGAUUGGUCGCUAUCUUGAAAAAGAAAUGAUCGCAGUUCUAAAUUCAAACUUUAUGGUGAGACGUUACGAACAAUUUGACCUUGACACUUGUCUGACAUAUGUUGUCUCUAUUUUGACAAAGAGUGUGAGAGGGAUGACAUGCUUUAAUUCAGCCCCAAUUUACGAACACGCUGGCAGUUAAUAUUAAGCCGCCAUAAAGUUUGAAUUGUAUAAUACAUAUUUUGUUAUUCAUUUGGUUUAUUUGUACAAUUUUAAUCUCUAUACCAAUUAUUGUAUUAUUUUAUAUCGCAUUUUGUAUGAUUAUUGUAAACAAAUUUUUAAUUUUGAUAGUUAAUCGAUUAUUUUUGGGAUGGUUUUAAUGUGUUUCAGUGGUUAAAAUAUACGAAAAUAAUUAA